GACAACUUGUCUUUAGCUUCAGUUUAAUUGAAAACUUGUGUCUUGUGUUCAUCCAGUAGCAAUAAAUUUAUCGUUACAGACACUACAGUUUAUCAGUGGAACUAACCAUGGACAUAUAUAUGUUUGCCUUCACAGCGCUGCCUCAGUCAAAAAAAGGAAGAACACAAAGUAAUAUGGGAGGGAAAGGAAAACAAAAGACCACAAAAAUGAAUGGUACCGGGAAAGUGUCAACCAUGAAGUUCACAGUGAGGACUACAUCUAAAUGGCUAUCAGGUGAUGAAAAAAGGGUCUUCUGCAAUGUUAUGGAAAGUGGUGACAUUAUAGAAGUGCAAAAUGACACCUUACAUAUAUGGGGUAUUGGCAUAAAAACAAAGACCAAAGAUGGAAACAAAAUAGAAGUUGCAUAUUAUAAGCCAUCAAAUGAACCAAAUGUAAUGGGUAAAAUAGUACGAGAACCACUGGAAAACUUUUGGACUGAAGGUUCACAGAUCAGAAUAAACAACAGCAGUGACAAAACACAUCAGCAUCAUAGUGAGGAAGAAGUUGUCCAACGAGUGGAACAUGCACUUCAACACAAAAGCAGAAAGUGGCAUAAUUCUGAACACUUUGCAUUCUGGUGUCGACAUGGAGAAAAACUGACAGACAAACGACAGAUGUCUGAUGUCGCAAAGUGGGGGAGUUUGUCUGCAUCGGCUGGUGUGUGGAUGUUUAUGAGAAAGAGACACAACACACAAUGAAUCAUGUGUAACAAUAUUUUUUUCAUCUCUCAUCUUAUUUAAUGUCAUUUGUACAUAUCUGUAUAUCACCUGUAUAUAGUUUCUAUCCAAUUCAACUUUGUCUUAGGUGUAUUUAUUUUUUAUUUUUUUUUACUA